GUUUCUUCUCCGCUCGGAGAAGUUUAAAGCGUCUGGGGGUCUUUUGUCGCCCCUCACGGCCGGUAAUUCUGCGCCUGAGCGCGGACGCCGCCGCUUUGUUGACCAGCGGGACGCGUUUAUGGCGAGGAGGCGUUUCGAGGCUCUGGCGUUAGGCGGCUUUCUGCUUGAAUUUCCCCGUUCCACCUUAAACGGAGCGCCAGUAUGGCUCCAGGAGGUGGCCGCCGCACCACUUAAGGUGGACCGGGUGAGUUCGAGCGAAUAGGAAGCCUCGUCUAGAAGGUUGGUGUGAAGCAUCCAGCAUGACUAAGACCCCCCCUCACCGACGAGGGAUCACGUUUGAGGUGGGGGCACCGUUGGAGGCUCGGGACAGCCUGAAGAACUGGUAUGCUGCCAGCAUUGAGAAGAUUGACUAUGAGGACGAGAAGGUCCUGAUCCACUACCGUCAGUGGAGUCAUCGUUACGACGAGUGGUUUGACUGGAGCAGUCCGUAUCUGCGGCCUGUGGAACGCAUCCAGCUCCGGCGACAAGGCCUCCAGGAGCACAUCGUGGCCCCGGAGUUUCAUGUCAAUCAAAAAGUUCUAGCCAGCUGGUCAGACUGCCGCUACUACCCUGCUAAGAUCCUGUCCCGAGAUAAAGAUGAUUCUUAUACAGUGAAGUUUUUUGACGGUGUUGUCAAGUCCUUGAAGGGAAUAAAGAUCAAGCCCUUCAGAAAGGAGAACUCUAACAGCAGGUCUGCCCCACAAAGCCGAAAGCGGAACGGCCCACCUGGAAAAGACUGGAGGGUCAAAGAGAACGGCACAGGCAGGAGCAACGGCACCCGGCAUAGCACUUCCGACCACGACCGGGACAGCGACUCUGAGGAGGAGAACAGCAGGGUGACGGAGGAAGCGGUCCAGCAAGCUGUUGAGCGGCAGCCCAACAAUCUGCAGAACGGCACCGUGGACGAGAACAAAGCAUCAGAGAGGGUGAACGGGUCCACGGAGCCGGAGAAGCCGUCCGAUGGGGAUUCAGGGAAGGCCGAAGCUCUGGAGGAUGGAGAGGAAGAGACGAGGGAGAUGAACGGAGUGACGGAGGAGGAGAAAGAAGAGACUCUUCAGAAUGGAACUCAUGAGAGCAACGAGGAGAAACAGGAGAGAGAUGAAGCAUCAGAGGAGAGCCAGGGGGACAAGAGUCCCAACCCGGCCAGGAGGACAAGGGCCAAGACAGUUGAAGGCAAAGACGCAGAAAGACCCAGCGUGCCAGAACUAAGGAAGAGACGCGCGUCCACAGGACAGACGCCUCCGUCCAAGAGGAGCAGAGCCAACUCAAGCACAGACAAAGCUAAUCGAUCCCAGAUCCUGCCUACCAAGUCGGAUUCCGUCCAGAAAGGCUCUGAAGAAAACGAUGGCCACAGUCAACCCGGUCAUCCAGAGAACUCUAAACCUGCAGGACAGUCAGGACCUACGGCUGAUCUUGCAACACUGCUCCAGCGGCAAGUCCACCUUCCAACCACAAACAAGUACAGCAGGGAGCCAUUGUACAGGGUCAUCAAAAACCAGCCUCCACCCAUCCUCUCCAUCGAGCUGGACCACAACCCGUUUAAGUGCCAGGUCCCUGGCUGCACCAAGUCCUUCCGCAAGGCCUCUCUCCUGCACUACCACAUGAAGUACUACCACUCGCAGAGCGACCUGAGCCCCACACGCAGCGCCCAGGCGCGAACAUCUGACCGGCCGCCCCACAGCCAGGAGACCCCCCGCAGACGCCGCACCGUUUCUGCAUCACUAGACACUCCAUCCCCGCUGAGCGACAGCAAGUCUGGCCACACUCCGUCGCCCCCUACUGCCAACGGCGUGCAUCGUCAGCGCAGCUCCUCCCACUGCGAGAGAAGCAAAGAGAACCUGCACGCCAAUCGCUCGCUCCAUGACGACAGAGACUGGGUUGCCAUGGAAACAGAAAGAGAGAAGCGGCGAGAGAAGAGACAAAGGGACUUCUUCUGCAUCAAGUCAAAGAAAAAGAAGAAGAAGAAAAAGAAGUCCAAAUCAGACUCUCACAGCAGUGAGAAGAGCACUGGCUUUAGCUUCUCCCCCUGCAAUCUGAAACUGUCGCUCAAAUUGCCCCUCUCCCACAAACACUGCUCCUACGCCGCACACUGCCCAGAACAGGAGCUGGAUGACGGUGAAGACAGUGGCAGUGACUGGUCCACAGACAGCCCUCUGUGGAGUGAGGAGGAGUCGGAGGCGGGUCUAGAGCUGAACACGCCCAUCUCCGAGCAGGGGGCAGAGACGGUGACCCAUGACGCAGAGAUUGUUCGUUGUGUGUGUGAGGUGCAAGAAGAGAAUGACUUCAUGAUCCAGUGUGAUGAGUGUCUCUGCUGGCAGCACGGCACAUGCAUGGGCCUUUACGAGGACAGUGUGCCUGACUCCUACAGCUGCUACAUCUGCAGGGACCCUCCAGCUCAGAGACAAAGUCAGCGCUUCUGGUACGACAAAGACUGGCUAAGCAGCGGCCACAUGUACGGACUUUCCUUCCUGGAGGAGAACUACUCUCAUCAGAACAGCAAGAAAAUGGCUGCUACCCACCAGCUCCUGGGCGACGUGCACCGCGUGUUCGAGGUGCUCAACGGCCUCCAGCUUAAGAUGAGCAUUUUACAAGCGCAGGCCCACCCAGACUUGAAGUUGUGGCGGCAGCCCUGGAGGUCCAACGAUGGUGUGCGCAGGAAAUGGGCAGGUGACUAUGGCAUUGCCACACCCUCUCCCUCCUCCCCUCGUGCAGCGGAGAUCAAGGAGGAUGAGCCUGAAGCACCUGCGCCAGCGGGGACCCCCUGCUCCUUCCACACCUCCUACAUUAGCAGUGAGCACUGCUACCAGAAACCACGUACGUACUACCCGGUGCUGGAGCGGCGGCUGGUGGUGGAGACGCGUGGGGGCUCUGAGCUGGAGCACAGCCUGCGCAGCAGCGAGGACCUGCUGGAGUUGGCCGAGCACCGAUACGGCGCCCCAAUGGAGUACGAGCAAUGCAAACUGCAGCUGGCUGACCGCACCGCCGCCAACGCCAAGGAGCUGGAGUGUCGCAUGAAGCUGCUGGCAGCUGCUGAGAGAGAGAAGAGCUGUGUGGUCGAGGUGAAGGAGGAGGAGGAGCCUGACCCCAUCACCUGUGAUCCCAAGCCUGAUCCAGAUCUCCUGCUGCACCAGCAGUGGCAGCUGAACCUGCUGGAGCACAUUGAAGCAGUGCAGGACGAAGUCAGCCACAGGAUGGACCUCAUAGAGAGGGAGCUGGAUGUUUUGGAAAGUUGGCUAGACUACACAGGUGAGCUGGAGCCUCCAGAUCCUCUCGCCCGUCUGCCCCAGCUGAAACACCGCAUCAGGCAACUACUGACGGACUUGGGAACGGUCCAGCAGAUCGCGCUCUGCUCCUCGUCCACAUGAGGGCACCAGACCACACAGCUCUCCGCACAGCAGGAGGGCUGGACAUAGAGACUUGAAGUAAAUUGAACCGAACAGUUACUGUACUGGUAUUGGUGAGGCACAGUUGGCCAACGUGAUGCUCUUAUUGUGACGGCAGAUCCCGUGAACCAGUCCUCUGGAGGAGACUCCAGGCCAGACUAAUCAAGCCAUGACGGAAAGGCAGAAAGAAAGUUACUUGAAAGCUUAAUAGGUUUAGAGAUUUGAAUGUACCUGAGGGUUGUGUUCCAUGUUCAGGCACCAAUUACUCACUUAGUUUAGUAUUUCUUGCUUUCUGGAGAGGAACGCAUCUUAAAACGGGGGCUAAUGGCAUUAAAAGCAAGGAAUUCUUUUUUUUUUUUUUUUUUUUGGCACUUCGUUUCAGCGCAUAUACGAUUCUGUUUUGUUUGGUUGGUUGACUUUCUCCAUCUACUUUGCUGACAUUAUGCAAAAUGACCUUGUUGAUGUUCAUCUUACUCUUCAGAAUGGGGUUUGAAAUCCUGAGGAUGCUGUGGCUCCAGACAGAGAGAGUUUGAGGCAGUGACGAUGGUUUUGUAGCUGUUUAAAAAAAAUAAAAAAUACACAUGAAAAUGUUAAUAUGAAAAUAUAUUUUAAUCUGAAAAAUAAUUGCAUCUUACUUCUAUAUUUGUACUAAAUAGACAAUGUAAAUUGCCUAGUGUGUCAUCUUUAAUCCAUGUUCCAGACCAUUUUCUGCUUGUUUGAAUUAUUUUUAUUAUUAUUUUUUUUUUUUUGGCUAUUACAUUUGAUCUAAACUGCAAUGUUAUUAACUGUGAUUGAGUCUGCAUUCAUAUUAAUAGUGAUAGAAGAUCCUUAAUCUCUUGUGAAUACUGUAGUACCGUCGUUCCUUUCGUGUCCUCCUCGCCCCGAUUUUGACGAGCAUCGCCGUUUCUUGUGUUUCCUGUGAAUGCAAAUAUUUUUACUGGUGUAUUUAACAAGCACAAAAGGUUUUGAGAUUUUUCAUAUUACGUUAUUAAGAAUGUUUAAUGUUCGGUUUUCCCUGUUACAGACAUCUAAACCUUUUUUUUUUUUUUUUUUUUUCUUACGCAGAUCCAAAUGGAUAUUUUUUGUUUCCGUACUUGUUGAAGGCGCUAGAUGCCUUUUUAAUUUAUUGUAAUUGAGAAUUUAA